UUGAAUUCAUCCCUCUCUAUGACAGCUCCCUUCUAACGACUCACUCCCAUUAUAAGUAACCAAGUAUUUCAUGCAGCUUUUCUCAGUCACCACUAACACUACACAACAAUACAACUAUUCUCCCACCCACCCCCCACUUCUCCCAAUAGGAGAAAGAAAACACUAGUGGUAAGGUUCUGAUCAGAAGCAUUGGCCGGAGGAGGCCAGCUCUUUCCUUUCCACCCAUGACUGCUAGGGGCAGAGACCCCGCAAGGGGUCGGCUUUGGCCACAAUUGGCCAUGGCAUUCGCCACUCUCUUCAUUUCUACUACUGUGGUUUCCGUUACUGCUGACGGUUACCCUUACUACUCUCCACCACCACCUUAUGAGUACAUUUCACCUCCUCCACCAACUGCUUCACCGCCACCUCCUUAUGAGUACAAGUCACCACCUCCUCCACCAAUUGAGCACAAGCCACCUCCUUAUGAGUAUAAAUCACCACCUCCACCACCACAUGAGCACAAGGCUCCUCCGUACGAGUAUAAGUCACCCCCUCCGCCAUCACCAUCACCUCCACCACCUUAUGAGUAUAAAUCACCACCUCCCCCACCACAUGAGCACAAGGCUCCUCCAUACGAGUAUAAGUCACCACCCCCACCAUCACCAUCACCACCACCUCCUUAUGAGUAUAAAUCACCACCUCCCCCACCACAUGAGCACAAGGCUCCUCCGUACGAGUAUAAGUCACCCCCUCCGCCAUCACCAUCACCUCCACCACCUUAUGAGUAUAAAUCACCACCUCCCCCACCACAUGAGCACAAGGCUCCUCCGUACGAGUAUAAGUCACCACCCCCACCAUCACCAUCACCACCACCUCCUUAUGAGUAUAAAUCACCACCUCCCCCACCACAUGAGCACAAGGCUCCUCCGUACGAGUAUAAUUCACCACCCCCACCAUCACCAUCACCACCACCUCCUUAUGAGUAUAAAUCACCACCUCCACCACCACAUGAGCACAAGGCUCCUCCUUAUGAGUACAAGUCACCACCACCUCCAUACGUAUACAAGUCACCACCUCCACCACCAUAUGAACACAAGGCUCCUCCCUACGAGUACAAGUCACCACCUCCACCAUCACCAUCACCACCACCUCCUUACAUAUACAAAUCACCACCUCCACCACCACCAUAUGAGCAUAAGUCUCCUCCUUAUGUGUACAAGUCACCUCCCCCACCACCAUAUGAGCACAAGUCUCCACCUUACGUAUAUAAGUCACCCCCUCCUCCUUCACCAUCACCACCACCCCCAUAUGUAUAUAAGUCACCACCACCUCCACCACCAUACGAGCAUAAGUCUCCUCCUUAUGUGUACAAGUCACCUCCUCCUCCACCACCAUAUGAACACAAAUCUCCACCCUACUAUUACAGCUCUCCCCCACCACCUUCACCAUCUCCUCCACCACCUUAUUAUUACGAGUCUCCACCACCACCAGUAAAGUCUCCAUCUCCAAAGCCUUACUAUUAUAAAUCUCCUCCACCACCAUCUCCUGUACCCCAUCCACCUUACUACUACAACUCUCCUCCUCCCCCAUCUCCUUCACCUCCUCCACCUUACUAUUAUAAUUCUCCACCACCUCCUUCACCGUCUCCUCCACCACCUUACUACUAUAAAUCUCCUCCUCCUCCAUCUCCUAAACCUCACCCCCCUUACUACUAUAACUCUCCACCACCUCCAGUAAAAUCUCCACCUCAUCCAACACCUUACUACUACAAAUCUCCACCACCACCCACUCCAUACUAUUAUAAUUCUCCUCCUCCACCUGUCGUGUAUCCUCCACAUCCCCACCAUCACCCAUUGAUUGUGAAGGUUGUGGGAAAAGUCUACAGCUACAAGUGCUAUGACUGGGAGUAUCCUGAAAAGUCACACAACAAGAAACAUCUCAAAGGUGCUGUUGUGGAGGUCAAAUGCAAAGCAGGCAGACACAUCAUCAAGGCUUACGGGGAAACUAAGAGCAACGGAAAGUAUAGCAUUACAGUUAAGGACUUUGAUUAUGCUAAAUAUGGCUCCACGGUGUGCAAGGCUAGGUUACAUGCUCCACCUAAGAACUCACCCUUCAACAUACCCACUAAGCUAAACGAAGGAACCGACUUGAAGGUGAAAUCAAAGGACAAAUAUGAAGUUGUGCUUGAAGCUAAGCCAUUUGCCUAUGCUUCAAAGAAACAUUUUGAAGAAUGUGAAAAAUCCAAGCCUUCACCAACUCCCUACUACUAUAAAUCACCACCACCUCCAUCACCAGUUUACAUAUACAAGUCUCCACCUCCACCAUCACCUACAUAUGUAUACAAGUCACCACCUCCACCAGUUCACCACUAUUCUCCUCCGUACUAUUACCAAUCCCCACCACCACCUUCACCAAAACCCAAUCCUCCGUAUUACUACCAAUCCCCACCUCCACCUUCACCAAAACCCAAGCCUCCGUACUACUACCAAUCUCCACCUCCACCAACACCAGUAGUAAAGCCACCUUACUACUACCAAUCUCCACCUCCACCAUCACCGGUACCCAAACCUCCAUACUACUACCAAUCACCACCUCCACCAUCACCAAAACCCAAGCCUCCAUACUACUACCAAUCCCCACCUCCACCUUCACCUAAACCCAAGCCUCCAUACUACUACCAAUCUCCACCUCCACCAACACCAGUAGUAAAGCCACCUUACUACUACCAAUCUCCACCUCCACCAUCACCGGUACCCAAACCUCCAUACUACUACCAAUCACCACCUCCACCAUCACCAAAACCCAAGCCUCCAUACUACUACCAAUCCCCACCUCCUCCAUCGCCAGUACCUAAGCCUCCAUACUACUAUCAAUCUCCACCACCCCCAUCACCAGUACCCAAGCCUCCAUACUAUUACCAAUCUCCACCUCCACCUUCACCGAAACCCAAGCCUCCGUACUAUUACCAAUCCCCACCACCACCUUCACCAAAACCAAAGCCUCCGUACUAUUAUCAAUCCCCACCUCCACCAUCGCCAGUACCCAAGCCUCCGUACUACUACCAAUCUCCGCCUCCACCAUCACCGGUACCUAAACCUCCAUACUACUACCAAUCUCCACCUCCACCAUCACCAGUAACAAAGCCUCCGUACUAUUACCAAUCUCCGCCUCCACCAUCACCGGUACCUAAACCUCCAUACUACUAUCAAUCUCCACCUCCACCUUCACCAAAACCCAAGCCUCCGUACUAUUACCAAUCCCCACCUCCACCUUCACCUAAACCCAAGCCUCCUUACUACUACCAAUCCCCACCUCCUCCGUCACCGGUGCUUAAACCUCCAUACUAUUACCAAUCUCCACCUCCACCAUCACCAUCACCCCCACCACCUUAUUAUUACCAUUCUCCUCCACCAUCACCAUCUCCCCCUCCUCCUUACUACUAUAAGAGUCCUCCCCCACCAUCUCCAUCACCUCCUCCUCCAUACUAUUAUAAAUCUCCACCACCACCUAAAGAAUUGCCACACCCUCCUUACUAUUAUAAGUCACCACCCCCACCAUCACCAUCUCCUCCCCCACCUUAUUAUUACAAAUCUCCUCCUCCACCUAAAGAAUUACCACACCCUCCAUACUACUAUAAGUCACCACCUCCACCAUCGCCAUCCCCUCCCCCUCCCUACUACUAUAAAUCUCCACCACCACCAUCACCAUCACCACCUCCUCCCUACUAUUAUCAAUCACCGCCUCCACCUAAAAAGCUACCACAUCCACACCCUCCUUACUACUACCAAUCUCCACCACCACCAUCACCAUCUCCACCACCUCCCUACUAUUACAAGUCACCUCCACCACCAUCCCCGUCCCCUCCACCCACUUACUAUUACCAAUCUCCCCCACCUCCUUAUCACUAUCAAAGUCCUCCUCCACCAUCUCCCACUCCUCAUCCUCCCUAUUACUACCAAUCCCCUCCACCCCCAACGUCAUCUCCACCACCACCUUACCACUACGUGAGCCCUCCUCCACCUUCACCAUCUCCUCCCCCACCAUACCACUACACAUCACCACCUCCUCCAUCACCAGCUCCUGCUCCCACAUAUGUCUACAAAUCCCCUCCACCCCCAACGUCGUCUCCACCACCUUCAUAUCACUACGUGAGCCCCCCUCCACCUUCACCAUCUCCACCACCACCUUACCACUACGUGAGCCCACCUCCACCUUCACCAUCUCCUCCACCACCAUACCACUAUACAUCACCACCUCCUCCCUCGCCAGCACCUGCUCCCAAAUACAUCUACAAAUCACCUCCCCCACCACCAGUUUACAUCUACGCUUCCCCACCACCACCUAUAUACAAGUAAGCUCAGAAUGUAGACGCAACAAUUGUAAUAAAUCACGUUCUAGUUUUCAUCAAGAAAUAAAGGCAAGCUCCAUUUGGAGCAAAGUGAAACAUCUAGCUUCCUGUUCAAUUUCUUUAAAUAAAAGUCUGGAAAAAUCAUCUCUAAGCAACAACCUUUAUGACUCAAACGAGAUUGCUUCUGUUUCUUUGGUGGCCAUCUUGCACGUCCUGGUCUUAUUGUGUUCCACUGAGAGAGAAAUCAAAAUGAGGAAGCAUGAUUUUAAAUGUAAAUGCCAAGUGAAAUUGAGGAGUACAGUCCGCUUUUAGUAAUAUCUUUAAUUUAUUUGUGCAUAGUCUAUUAUGGCCAUGUUUGAUUGCCUUUAUAUUAAUUGUGGCAUUUUUGUAUUCUACCAUGUCCGUUGCUGUGUUUGCAAUAAGAGUACUAGCAAUAAAGAAGCACAUUCAAUUUAUGUCCA